GGCGGGGAGAGACGCUGCGCUGCUCGCUGCCGGGUCUUCCUGUCCCCACUGAUCGCGGUAGAGGCGGGGAAGACCUCCCUGCCCCGUCCCCACUUCCUGCUCCCCUCCUGCAAGACGAAGGGACGAUGCUGAAAGCCGUGAUCCUCAUCGGAGGCCCCCAGAAAGGGACCCGCUUCCGACCCUUGUCCUUUGAGGUGCCCAAGCCCUUGUUCCCUGUGGCAGGAGUGCCCAUGAUACAGCACCAUAUUGAGGCCUGCACUAAGGUGCCCAACGUGAAGGAGAUUCUCCUGAUUGGCUUCUAUCAGCCCAAUGAAGCCCUCAGUCGCUUUCUGGUGUCAGCCCAGCAAGAGUUCAAAAUCCCCAUCAGGUACCUACAGGAGUACGCCGCACUUGGCACAGGCGGUGGCAUCUACCACUUCCGGGACCAGAUCCUCUCGGGUAACCCAGAAGCCUUCUUUGUGCUAAACGCUGACGUCUGCUCUGAAUUCCCUCUUGACGAGAUGCUCGGCUUCCACCGGCAGCGCGGGGAUCCUGACAGUUUCCUCAUGCUGGGCACCACGGCCAACAGGAAGCAGUCUCUGAACUAUGGCUGUAUUGUGGCCAAUGCUGACACCCAUGAGGUUCUGCAUUACGUGGAGAAGCCCAGCACUUUUGUCAGCGAGCUCAUCAACUGCGGGAUCUACUUGUUCACACCGGCCAUCUUCCGCCACAUUGGGUCGGUCUUCCAACGUAACCAGCAGGAACUGCUCCUAGAGGAAAGCACCAACGGCUGGCAGCGAGCUGAGGCCAUCCGACUGGAGCAAGACGUGUUCACGGCGCUGGCUGGGCAGGGGCGCCUCUUUGCCUACAAGACGGAGGGAUUCUGGAGCCAAAUCAAAUCUGCUGGGUCUGCCAUCUAUGCCAAUCGCCUUUAUCUGAGCUGCUACAGCCAGUGCCACCCGGAGAGGCUUGCCCAGAAUAGGUCUGGUGGGCCCACCAUCCGAGGGAAUGUCUACAUCCAUCCAACAGCCGUGGUGGAUGCCAGUGCUGUGCUUGGUCCCAAUGUCUCCAUCGGGAAGGGGGUGACCAUCGGGGCUGGAGUGCGUGUGCGGGAAUCCAUCAUCCUGCAUGGGGCUUCUCUCCAGGACCAUACCUGUGUGCUGAACAGCAUUGUGGGCUGGGAUAGCACCAUUGGCCGCUGGGCUCGUGUAGAGGGGACCCCCAGUGACCCCAACCCAAAUGAUCCUUACGCAAAGAUUGACAGUGAGACUCUUUUUCGGGAUGGCCGCCUCACCCCGUCCAUCACCAUUCUGGGCUGCAAUGUUACCAUCCCUGCUGAAGUCGUCAUCCUGAACUCCAUUGUCUUGCCCCACAAGGAACUCAGCCGCAGCUUCAAGAAUCAAAUCAUUCUCUGACGGGGCAGGGAAUGGUUUGUCCCCCACAGACCUGAGGGCCGAGGAGGGCCUCCUAAUGAGGCCGCCUUGAGACAUCGUCGAACCCACCCUGAAGCCACAGCCUGUCAUUGUUGUGCCUCGUAGGACCAGGGCCCACUGCGGUGUGGCAGCAUAUGGAUUUCCUUCCAGGCCUGUCCACGGAAGGGGGUCGCGAGCAUCCCUCUGGGGCUGCAGGGAUCCGAAAUGGCUCCCCUGGGGGCAGGAGCCAUGAACUCCUGCAGAACCUCCACUGAAAGGAGAGACGCUUGCCUUGCCCCUGGUGCCACCGCCACACUGCUGACCAAGGCAGUUGGCAGGGAAAGGGUGGGGGAGCACCAAAGCGGUCGCUUUCUCUUGGUACCUAGGCCACGGAGAGGACCUCGGGCGUGCCUGCCUGCUCCCCUUGAUCUCAGACAUCAUCACACCCAGUUCCUCCCAGCCCCAAAGCACCCCUCCUGAUUCCCCCAAAGUAGGAAGGGCACAGGUAGAGUGGAGACAUGGCAAGUUCAGAGCAGGUGGUGCUGCCCAUGUGAUGGAGAGGUGUGCAGAGUAUGAGAAGGUUGUGCCCUGUCCUGUGUUCCAGCCCUGCUUCCUCCUUUUCCACUUGUGCACUAAGGCACUAAGCUGGGACCGUGGGCAUCCAUUGUACAGAUGUGUUCUCUCAUCUGCAUGCCAAGCAGCCUCUGUCCCAGCAGCAUAGCUUUGUGGUGCCAGGCAAGGGUUUCUAGCCUCUAGGCUGGUGGUGCCUCUGAGCCAUGGAGAGAGGUGGGUACAAGAAAUCUACUGCUGCAUAGCUCAUUCGCUGCUGCAAGCUGAAGUGUUGGUUUCUUUUAAGGCUCCAAGGUGAAUUGGCGAGGGAUUGAUUGCAGCCGGAUGCAACUAGCGCAGAUUGAGAAAAGUGCUCAGCUGGGUGAGCUUUCCAGUUAAUGCAGGUAUGGGGAGCAGUGUGUGGCCCUCCACCUCUUCUUGGACUGCAACUCCCAUUAUCAUUCACUAUUCACUGUGUUGGCUAGGGCUGAUGGGAGUUGCAGUCCAACAAAUAGAGGUGGAAGGAUGUACGUUCCCCCCCAAUUGAAUGGGAAUAGCUUUCCACAAGGGUUGGAACAGGAGCCUGUGUUGAGCUGGGGCUCUUGGGGCCCAGAGGGAAUGGAGGAAGACUCUGCACGUAUGAAGCUUCCAUGCCACUCUUAGGGUUAAGUAGCACUAACCCAGAGAAAGGAAAGUCCUUCAACUAUCAGGUUUACCUUUACAUCAAAGGCCUGAGCUUGCAAGGGCAGGGGGUUGUUAGUUGGGGGAAAUGCCCUAGCCUGAUUAUCUAUGAUAUAGAUUCAGUUAAAAUGAUAAAUAAAUAAAUAAAUAAAUAAAUAAAAAUUCCUUGCAUGAAUGGAUUACAACUGCCUCAUGUAAUAUGCCAGCUUUUCCUUGGAUCUUAGGACCCAUGACUGCUAAACCACAUCUGAAGGAUGCCAAACCCCCAUCCCUGAACUUCAAUACCACAAUGGUGGUAUUAUUGCCCCAUGUAAAACACUUCAAGAACAUGUUGUUGGAAAGUGGUGUAUAAAUAUUU